AUGAAAACUUGGACCGAGAACAAUGGCUUUAGCAUCUCUCAGAACAAAUCAUCUGUGUGCACCUUCACAAGAAAAAGAACAAUAUUGCCUUCGCAUAUACAACUAGGACCAUAUCUCUUUGCCCAUAAGAAUUCAGUAAAAUACUUAGGCAUCACUCUGGAUAGAAAACUCCUUUGGAGAGACCAUAUUCAGCAAAUUAUAAAAAGAACGGAAAACUCCAUAAAUAUCAUUAGAGUAUUUACAAAAAGUACUUGGGGAGCGGAUCCGAAUACCGCCUUGUUAUUCUAUCAGUCUUUAGUCAGAUCCAUCAUGGAUUAUGGCAGCAUUUUGUAUGGUUCAGCUUCGGACACCCAAUUAAGAAAAAUAGAUAUAGUUAAAAACAAAUGUCUACGACUAUGUCUCGGACUAUUAAACACAACACCAAUAAACACAAUGGAAGUAGAAACCUGCGAACCUCCAUUACCACUAAGAAGACAAUUCCUAAGCGACAAAUUUGUCAUGAAAUUGUACGCAAAGAAAAGCGAGUGUAUAAACAGUCUCCAUAAGUUAUUUAUACUGAACCUCACCUCGCCUUACUGGUCAAAAAAAAAAUCACCGGUCAUGGUUAACUCAUACCAAAGUCUUCUAGUCAAUUCAUCCCAUUGUUACACAAUAAAUGCAGAUCCCUAUUAUACAAUUAGUUACAAUGAUUUCCUACACGAAAUAAAGGUCCAUUACUUAAAAAUAACCGAAUAUGAUUCUCCCGGUUUAACCAAUAAACUGUUCCAAUACGAAUCGAAACACAAAUGGCCAAAUUCUGAGUAUAUAUUUACAGACGGUUCCAAAAUAGAUGACCAAACUGGAUGUGCGUUCUAUCAUGAAAAUAAAAACUACUACGAAAUGUUUAAAUUACCUGACGAAUCAUCUAUAUUCACAGCAGAACAGUACGCAGUACAAAAAGCCAUGGAAUAUGCUAAAUCAUCUCCUCACUUCAAUUACGUAAUAUUCACGGACUGCAAAAGCUUAGUAGAUAAAUUAAGAUCUACAAAUAAAAUAACUAAAGUCGACAAAAUCUAUGCAAAAAUUUUGUCCGUUCAUGGAGAACUGAAACAAAUGAAUAAAAAUUUAGAAAUUGUUUGGAUAAAGGGCCAUAUCGGCAUCAAAUCAAAUGAAACGGUGGAUCACUAUGCAAAAACAGCUGUUACAAUGGGAAGAACAACAACUGAAAGCAUGUUACCACCAUCCGACUUAACUCCGAUAUUUAGAAGAAACCUCAAAUUAAAGUGGCAAAAUAUCUAUGAAGACUCCCUCUCCGGAGCCGUCUAUAAACAAAUACAACCAACCAUACGACAAAAGACAUGGUUUCACAACCUAGUAAACAGACAAUUCAUAAAAACCAUAACCAGACUAAGAACAAACCAUGCUUUAUAUCCAAAAUACCAACAUAAAAUUGGCCAAACUAAUAAUCCAAACUGUUUAUGUGGUGAAAUAGGAGACUUACAACAUAUAAUACUAGAAUGCCCACUACACAUAACACACCGAGACUUACUUUUAGAAGAAAUAUAUAAGUUAAAAGCAGAAGCUCCAUUCAAUCUGACUACAUUACUGGCUUCAGACAAUUUAAGUAUAUUCAACAGUAUAUUUGGAUUCAUCAAAAGAUCCAGUAUUAGAAUCUGA